AUGGGAACGGUUCUCUCUUUUAGCCCCAAGGAAAGGAAGGGCUCCGUGUAUCCCGCCACUGGACACCAGCAACACCCUGCCGACUUCACCCUGAACAACUUCAAUUACGAGCAGCUCAACAACGCCAAAAACCGAGAGAACAAGAGCGCCGCUGCCGUCGCCCCCGCGCCCACGAACCAGCCCAACAACAACAGCCUCCAGAACAACAACAUCAACCUGAACAAUGACAAUGCUCGCAUCAUCUCCGAGAAGAAUGCCCUCGAGAAGAACCUCAAGAAGCACUCGCUGUUUAUCAAUGCUCUGUCUUGGAAGCGGUUUAGCACAACCAAUAACAACAAGAAGAAACUCGAUAAUAAGAACAAGAAUAUCACGUUCAGGCAGACACUCGAUAACCUGCCGAUCGUUGACAAGAACAAGAAUAUUCAGACGCCACAGACUAAAGCACCGGCGUCGAACAACAAUCACACGACACACAACCCGACCUGCGAGAAGCUGGUGCAGAAGCCUCUUCCUCCGGGACCCAAGAAGACGGUCAUCCAGGCGUCCACCUCAGAAUUGCUCAAGUGCCUCGGGGUUUACCUCCAUGGGAAGUGCACGCGAUUGCGGGACUUCCAAGCUGGAGAUGCAGUCAUGUGGCUCAGGACGGUGGACAAGAGUUUACUUCUUCAGGGCUGGCAGGAUGUGGCCUUCAUAAAUCCCGCCAAUGUGGUGUUCGUCUACAUGUUGGUGAGGGAGUUGGUGGACGGUGAGGAGGCCUCCGAAAGGGAGUUGCAAGCCACGGUGCUGACGUGCUUGUAUCUAAGCUACAGCUACAUGGGAAACGAGAUCAGCUACCCCCUUAAGCCGUUCCUUGUCGAGGAUCGUAAGGACAAGUUCUGGGACCGAUGCCUCCUGAUCGUCAACCGAUUGAGCUCAAAGAUGCUGCGCAUCAACAGCGAGCCUGGAUUCUUCACGGAGAUCUUCACCGAGCUGAAGGCCUGCGGAGCCGGUGAGCGAGGCAGUUUCACUGGAAGCAGCCUGGAGCGGAGCCUCGUCGUCUCCGGAGUCGCGGUUCCCACCAAGGCGGCUUGACGGAGCUACACACACCUGUUGGUGCGCACCGCAAGGCACGGCUGCGACGUCACGACCCUCUGACGACCGGGUCGCCGACGAGCAGCCGUCGCAGCUUGACCCCUCGCCGUCGACCUCGAGCAGCGCGCAGCAGCCACGGCCGCAGCAGGGUAGUCGCGAGUCGGACUCUCGACGCUGCCUCGCGUGCGGCGG